AUGAAAGUCGUCGGACUUGUCGCGUCCAUUGGAAUAUGUACCAGUACGAGUGGAGACGCCCAGCAGUCAAACCCAGUAAAGGCUGAGGGUUUAACGAAUGGGAAUCCGAGCUUUGAUCGUUUUUUUGAUCAAAAGGGCUUUCAAAGUAUGUUUCCAGAUGCUGUAGCCCUUUACAACUUUGACAACCUUGUAAGCGCAGCCAAUGUUUAUCCCGAGUUUGCUAACACUGGCAAUGACGUUAAUGACAAGCGCGAGCUUGCGGCUUUUCUGGCUCAAACUGCAUAUGAGAGCAAUUACUUCAAAGACACUGAGGAGAUCGAGCGUGACACGUUCUCUGUUGAACAAUACUGCGAUAAAAUCACCUAUCCGUGCGCUCCUGGUCGCCGCUACCACGGCCGUGGUCCCAUUCAGCUCUCUUGGAACUACAAUUAUUUCAUGGCUGGCAAAGCUUUAGGCAUUGAUCUUUUGAAUAAUCCCGAUAUUGUUGCCACUGAUUCAAAUGUGGCGUACUUUGGAUGUGGAUGA